AUGGCACCAUGGAACAUCUACCAUGGUGGCCUUCAGUUCAGAUGUUCAGAGGUUCUUAAAGCAAUCCGAACUCUAGCUGGUGGUGCUCACGAGGAUUUGGACAACGAGAUUAAGAACAUGACGAAAUUCGAAUAUGGUUGGAGUGUUAUCAAAGCUCUUAGAAUGGCUCUAUCGGGUGAUAUGAUACCCGGCCUUGAGUGGCGUAACUUUGGUAUAUUGAGACUCAGAGAUUUCUGGCCAGAUGAGUACACCAACCGCACCAAAGUUGGCGUCAUGACCGGUGAGCAGUUUGACGAGCUGAAGCGUUGGUUCGUUGAGGACUGGGCUAGAUCCAGAGACACCUUUGAUCCUAUCACUAUCAUCAAUGCCGAUACAGGGGGUCGCAUUUGGAUGAGCCGUAUGUGCCAUGAUCUGGUCGAGUACGGUUUCAAGAGGUAUACUAUAGAUUAUAAUGCCAAGUUUGAUUCAAACAUAACGCACUUCCUGGUACCCACCGAGAAGUACGAAGGACAUCUCGACGAUGACGGUUUCCCUACUGGGGAUAUGAUUCCUGGUCUGGAAUGGCGUAAUUUUGGCAUAUUGCGAUUCCGAGAUUUCUGGCCCAAAGAGUACAGCACGCGGACGUUGGUUGGCAACAUGACUGGUGGUCAAUUUGACACCUUCAAGCGAUGGUUCUUGGAAGAUUGGGCACGUCCAAGGGAUACCUUCGAUCCUGUUACUGUGAUCAAGGUCGACUCAGGCGAGCGAAUAUGGAUGAGCAGAAUGUGUCACGAUCUGGUUGAGUACGGUCUCAGACAGUUGGUUGAAAUGGGAAUCCCACUACGAUCAACCAAGCCAGUUUUUCGUGAUCAUAUUCCUGUCUAUGUGAACUACAUCAAACCACUAGACGUUCGAGGCAACGGUUUUGACCGACGUGCCGUUGCGCUGGCUAUGGGCCUCAUUCCGGUUGGAUACUUCAUGGGCAGCUACUAUGAGCUCGACAUCGUUCCACCUCUCAUCAACUAUUGUUACAUUCCUCUUAAAAUGCCUCACCUAUUACCGAACGGAUCGGCUGUUUUCGGCCCAGUCGACGCGAUGAAUCCGAAUCUUUCACUGUGUGCAUUGCCGAAUGUUAAUGUGGAACUGGGCAACGUCACGCUCACGAUCGAGGACCGUCUUAUUAUGCUAGAGAACUAUCUGGAUCUCCUAUUCAAUGCUCCUGAGCGACUCCGGCAUCCGAAGCAUCGUAGCGUUUUUAUGAUGGUCACAGGAACGAUUGUAUGCGGCCUCCUCAUGAUUGUGUACUGGCUGCGAAGUCACAAACCAUGA